ACUCCCAGAGCGAGUGCGUGAAACCGUUGGAUUGUGACGAAAUAAUGUUUAAUAUGAGUGCAGUGUAAAGAUAAACUGGUGGAUUGUCCAGGAUGUCGGAGUACGAGCGCAUCCGGGGCACGCUGCUGCAGCAGCGCCAGCUGUGGGAGGACCCGGACUUCCCCGCCAUCCAGCCGUCCGUCUUCUACCACCAGGUCCCGCCGUUCAGGUUCGAGUGGAGGCGACCGAGAGAACUGCACUACGACAAGCCGACUUUCAUUGCGGAGAAUGAAACUUUCGACGUGGUGUCGGGAAGACUUGGAGACAAAUGGCUGCUUUCAUGUAUUGAGGUGCUGUAUCAAUGUAAAGGUCUCUUCCACAAAGUGGUGCCUUCAGACCAACACAUAGAUUCAAACUACACGGGCAUAUUUCGGUUUCGUCUGUUCUGGUGCGGCAAAUGGACGGAGGUGCUAGUUGAUGACCGGCUGCCGACAGUCAAUGGUAUACUGGCUUUCAUGCACUCCACGCACUCCGAACAGAUGUGGCCGGCAUUAUUGGAGAAAGCCUACGCAAAAAUGCAUGGGUCCUAUGAGGCCUUAAAGUAUGGAAACCUUUUGGACGGCCUUGCCGACUUCACUGGCGGCAUACCUCUGUCUUUACCGCUGUCGGUAAACGUCGACCACAAUUCGUUAUACAACUUUACAAAAAUGGCAACUAUCAUCACGGCUUACUGUUCUCCUAAUGUAACAGACACACCAAUGUCGAAAAAUAUUGAACCCGGGAUGAAUUACAUGAUUUAUAAUGUUGAAAAGAUCGAGGAUCUGGAUGGACGUAUGAAGUAUUUCGUACAUUUGGGAAGACCUGGGAAAACAAAUCGAUGUAUAUUGGAUCCAGCUAUGGCAAACUUGUUGGUUGGGAGUGCAAUCAGAGAGAGGUUUAUGUCACCAACUAGAGGAUUUUGGAUGUCAUACGAGAACUUAGCGAGUACGUUCCCGCGGUUGGACGUGGUGCAUUUGGACGUAGAUACGUCCAAGUCGGAGCCGAGUUUGUGCGACAAGCUCACGUGGCAGGUCAAGUGCCAUCAGGGAAGAUGGAAGAAGGGGGUCUCCGCCGGCGGUUGCAGGAAUCCAGUCAAUUUCUUCCACAUGAACCCUCAAAUCCAACUUGUGUUGAACGAACCUGGCUGCGUAGUGAUAUCGCUCAACCAACACAGUAUAAUGGAGCCCAAAGUCAUCGGUUUCAGUAUCUACAAGAUCCCUAAAUUGUUCAAGGAAACCGCGCCGCCUUUAUUUUUUAAGACCACCAAGAGUACAAUCAAUUCCCAAUAUACGAACAGCCGGCAAGUCAGUGAGAGAUACUACUUAGAAUCAGGCGCUUACUUAGUGAUACCGACUACGUUUGAACCGAGGCAGGAGGCUAACUUCUCUCUGAGAGUGUUUUCUAUGAUGUCAGUCAAAAUGAACGUAUUGGACUGUGCGCCGCAAAUGUUGAAGUCGGCGAUGUUGAAGGCACCAGUGGGCACAGACGCGAGCAGCUUCGCGCAAUACGAGUCACAGUUUCUCCAUUUAGCUGAUGAACAUAAAACCAUAAACGCCUUUGAACUCCAAGAAUUGUUGGAGAGAUGUCUACCGAAUGACUACAUUAAAAGCUGCGCCACCACAGAGACGUGCAGACAGAUUGUACUGUCGCUGGAAAAAGAUGGUUCCGGACGGAUGUGCUUGCAAGACUUCAAGGACCUGAUAUGUAGUUUGAAGCACUGGCAGACGGUCUUCAAGGACCAUGCUCCGGAGAAAGUGGGUGUGCUGCGUAUAGAGAGAUUCAGGGACGCGCUAAGAGACGUAGGGUUUGUGAUACCGGAGCGAGCGCUAGCGUUACUCGUCUUCAAGUAUAUGAGGAAAGACGGAAUGGUCCGCUUCGGAGAUUUCGUGUCAGCAGUCGUCUUUCUACAUAGAGCGUUUCAUACUUUCUUCCGCAACUGUUCGUCACCUUCAUACAAAGUUACUUUCACGUUUUCUGAGUGGCUCAAUUCAACUCUAACGUGUUGAAUAACUUUGGAAUCAGAGACAAUAGUGAAGUGUUGUGUUUGCAUGAUAUUAAUGGUUCAAAAGUGGUGUACUUACUACUAAAUUGUAAAUAUUAAGGGCCCAAUGAAUUGUAAGUAAAUAGUCAUUAAUAAAAAUGUAAAAACUAAAACAGUACACCACUUUUGACUCUUACUGUAAGGUAGUCAGCUGUUAUUCCUCAAAUAUAUUAUAUUAGCAUGCUGGAAGUAUUUCUUACUUUGAAAGUUUAUGAGUCGUGUGUUUGAUUUUAAUCUCCUUAUGUCAAAAAAUCUAAAUAGUCCAUUGAAAUGUUACAUUAAAAGGACCGAAUAUUGCA